CGCGCUGGCGUUAACACUGAGUUACGUAGGUGCAUGACACACGUGCGCGUACAUACACACGCACAAAUCUCUAUAUCCCAGCGGUUUACAUCGGUGGUGAAUGAGGGCUGAACCAUGAGUCGGUGGCCGGGCGAGACUGAUUUAACAUACCCGGAAGUAUUCAGCUGUAUCCCAGCUCAUGCCAAGUAUGGGGGUAAACCUGGACAGCUCUCAGAUGCUCAGACAGCUCAGUAUUACAAAGAGGGUUUUCUAGUUGUCAAGGAAUUCUUCAGGAAAGAGGAAUUGGAUCCAGCUAGAGAAGCUAUUAACCAACUUGUCGAUGAAUUGGCCCAGAAGCUAUUCGAAGCAGGAAAAAUCAAAGACCUGUAUGAGAGUGAGGGAUAUUUUACUCGCCUGAUUAAAAUCGAAGAGGACUUCCCUGGGGCGAAUAUAAUACUUCACAAAACCGAAAAACUUCCACAGGCAUUUAGAAAUUUGUGGUCCAAUGAGAGAUUGUUGAACGUGGUCGAACAGUUUGUUGGACCCGACAUUGGAGGACACCCCGUGUGGAAUUUGAGGACAAAAACUCCCAAUAAUGAAGCCACCACCGUGCCCUGGCAUCAAGAUUCAGCAUACAUGGCCAAAGACUCGUAUGGCAAACACAUUUUAACGGCCUGGAUACCGUUGGUUGACGCAAACGAAGUGAACGGCUGUAUGCAGAUGCUGAGAGCAGGACACAAACUUGGGAAAGUCGCGCGACACCAGUGUUGCGUAGGGCCUACGUGGUACGUUGAAACGACAAAGGAAGAGAUGGAACGCAGUCUAGGUGUAAAUGUUGAGGAAGAUAUUGUCACAUGUCCAAUUCCAUAUGGAGGAAUGUUGUUGUUUAACAACAUUACGCCUCACAGAAGUCUUCAGAAUUCCUCAAAUGGUGUACGCUGGAGCAUGGACUUGCGCUGGUAUAAUCCUUAUCAGGGCGAAGGCUUCUGGGGCCUUAAGAAAGGCGUAGUCAUGCGCCUGAAGGACAAGCCUGGCCUCAAGAUAGACUGGGAACCUUUUGAGGCCGAGAACAGGAACGCUCUGCAGGCAACGACUAUCAGUUCCGAAAAGCUUGAUGAAUUCGACACAACAGUACCUGGCCCAUGGAUGAAACAGUGGGAGAUAGUCAAUCACAACAGGCACACCGCAGCCAUGAUGAUGGAACAGUCGGCGGUAUGAUGAGAAACCCACUUCAAAAGCCAAGGAACGGCGCAAUGUAUCCUAUGUAGGAGAGCACAGUCAAUGUGCAUCAUGUAAGGGGUGAUCAUUUUCUUGCAGCAGUGGAUGAGUACAAGCAACAAUCCUAGGAGCUUUUGACAUACAUUUUGGUAAUAAAUCCCCAAUUUAUGCAAACAAACAUAUAUUUGGAAAGCGCGGUGUGAAAACUGCAUCACGUUAUCACAAGCUAGUCACAAGUCUAGCUUGGAAAGACGACUUGAUUGUUUUACCAUAAUAAAAAGAAAUUGCAUGAAAUUAAAAGGUGUUC